GUCACAACAUUAGUUUUCUUUAAAGUCCUGGAAACUGCGUACGUGACUUUUGAUGGUUACCUUUAGUAUAAAUUGACAAUCAGCGCCAUGCUUCUGUCACAUUUAGUAUUUGAUCUGUGAUCAACUAACCAUGAGUGGAUUGACAGGAUUCCUUGUGAUACACUGCUUGUUGCAGUACUCAGAUGGCGCCGUGACCUUCACAAAACCAACGGGAGUAGUGGCACAAGUGGGAGAUCAAACAGUUACAGUAAGCGUGUUGGAAACGAGUGUGGACUCAGCCACACUUUUCACUGUGGAGGCAACGACUGAUCAGGCCGGAAGUGUUACAUUUGCAUUUGCUGCUGAUGGGAAUCCAGACUCGAUUGCUAGUUCUACAAUCACAGCCGGAGCUGUGAAACUGGCAGCCUCUAAAACCUUAGACAAGGAAAUGAAAUCAUUAUACACGUUCAAAAUAACCGGCACCGAUAGUGCGUCGACUACUGCAACUUUAACAGUCACCCUAACUGUGACAAACAAGCUGGAGUUUGCAAAGACAAGCUACGCAGUUUGUGUAGCUGAAGCCACUGUUGCAGGGACUGUGCUUGGGACCUACACAGCAGUUGAUGCUGUUUCAGGAACAGACAACGUAGCCUACAGUAAUGCCCCUAGUACUGACCUGACUGUGGACGCCUCAACUGGCGCGCUCAAGGUUGCGACGGGCAAGACACUGACAAGCGCGCAAACUGGCGGCUACACCACAACGAUAACUGCAACCGCUGCGACUGUGAGCGGUUCUUCGGCCCCCGGUACUACUGAAGUGAAGGUCACGGUCGGAGGGUGUAGCGGAGCUGAAGGGGCAAUAACAUUUUCAUCCCCGAGCCCAACCACAAUUUCCGCCUUCGUCGAAACCAGCACCGCGGGCACUGCUCUUUUUACCGUAACAGCUACAGGUGGCACAGCUUCUUAUACAUACUCAUUUGUUACUGCUGACGGUAACCCAAGCGGUAUUGCUGCAAUAGAUGCAUCAACCGGCGAAGUAACCCUUGCAACAUCGAAGACGAUCGAUUACGAAACAAAUACACAGCUUGUUUUCAAAGUAGUGGCUGUUGACAGUGCUUCUACAAAGAAAACAGCGACGGUGACGGUAACUCUUUCAGUAAAGAACAUGCUUGAGUUUUCGGCAGCUACGUAUGCAGCCUGCUUCAACGAGGGAGCUACAGCAGGUACCGUUAUUGGGACGUUCACUGUACAGGAUGCUGUAGCAAAUACGGAUGCCGUAACAUACAGCAAUACACCUUCUACUGACCUUGCUGUGGACUCCUCAACUGGUGCGCUCAAGGUUGCGACGGGCAAGACACUGACUAGUGCGACAUCUGGCGGAUACUCGACAACAAUCACUGCAGACUCUGGAGCGAAUACAGCUGCCUCAGUGGAUGGUACAACGGUGGUGACAGUCACCGUCUGCAGCGGAGCUGGACCAAUCCAGUUCAUGGCUAUCUUGCUACUGAUCCCACUUCUGCUUACUCGUAUUUUUUAGUUCAUAAACGAAAAUAAAUAAAACACAUAGACUCGAUUAAUUUAUUGGGUAAAUUGUUGAAGAUAACAUGAGUAUCAUACUAGUGUGCAGUUGAUAAAUUUAAUUUGCCAAAAUAAAACAUGGACUUUUGCAUGAAUGAUUCAAAUAACCGUCACAUGUACAGUGAAUGCCAUCAUAUACUUUGACAAAUAUAAAUAAAAAAUGCAGAUGCUUUUGAUUCAAUAUAUAUUAUUACUCUGAACAUUGUUUUUUUUCACAUUUCUUGUAGUUUGUCUAUAGUAAAAAUGUGCAGUCAUGAAUCGUCCCUCUAUGAAAUACCUGUUGGUACUCGAUAUUUUGGGAUGAUAUUGUUUGUACCUUUACCUCUUUUGAUUGCUUUCCGAAAUAAAGUUUAUCUUGAUUUU